GACGUAGUAACAGUAGUCUACGCUCGCCCGCUCACCGCACAGCUACGCUUACGUUACGCCAAUUUCCACAAUGCCGGGUCAUUGCGAGCGCAUGAGGCUACCGUCUCUGGGCACCGAGUCGUCUAGCAGCGGAGCCAGCUGUGGCGGCAGCAAGGAGCAUCAUCGUGUCGUCGUCAUGGGAGCGGCUAGGGUGGGCAAGAGCUCCAUCAUCUCGCAGUUCCUGUACGACAGGUUCCUGUCCAGGUACCGGGAGACUGUCGAGGAACUACACAGAGGGGAAUACGAGUUACAGGAUGGAGCCUGCCUGACGCUGGACAUUCUGGACACUUCUGGGGCGUACCAGUUCCCGGCGAUGAGGGCGCUUUCUGUGAACACCGCCCACGCGUUCAUUCUCGUGUACUCCGUGGACGAUGAAGAAACAUGGCAAGAAGUCAUCAAGCUUAGAGACCAGAUAGUGGAGCAGAGAGGACCGAUGGUGCCGAUCGUUGUGGUGGGAAACAAGUCGGAGCUGGCUGACCGAGCCGUGAGUAGGGAGUUGGCGGAGACUGUAGCCGUAUACGACUGGGAGUGUGGCUACGUGGAGUGUUCGGCCAAGGAGAACCAGAAUAUCAUCCAGGUCUUCAAGGAACUUUUGGUUCAAGCAAAGAUCCACUACAACCUGAGUCCUGCAGUGAAGCGAAGAAGGCAGUCACUCCCGAACUACGUCGGCGGCAACUCGGGGUCCGGCUCCGUCAAGAACAAGUACAUGCUCAAGCGCAACUCCUGCUCAGUGGCUUGAACAGAGACCACUGAACACAAGCUUACACUAUUUACCUUAUUUUCAGAUCCACUACAACCUGAGUCCUGCAGUGAAGCGAAGAAGGCAGUCACUCCCGAACUACGUCGGCGGCAACUCGGGGUCCGGCUCCGUCAAGAACAAGUACAUGCUCAAGCGCAACUCCUGCUCAGUGGCUUGAACACCGACCACUGAACACAAGCUUACACUAUUUACCUUAUUUUAUUCUCUGUAUAUAAUUAUCAUAAGUGGGUUUAAAUGUAGCCAUUUUGAUAUUGUACCAACAUACUGGUCGCGAUGUGGAGGUUGAACUUGUUCAGGUUUUCUGUCAAAACCACGUCAGCUACUGAGUCAGGCUGAGGGAAUAGCCGGAGGUACUGGCGACCAUCUUGAUUCUAGCCCUAUAAAACUGUGUUAAACCUCAAAUAUUUUUACGACUUUACCUUUAGUCGUAAAAUUAAAGAUGUAACCAAUACGCAUGCAAACGCUUUUUAUAUUUUUUGAUAAUAUUAUUGGAUUUUUACCAAAAUAUUUCAAACAUUCUUACACUCUAUCGUUUAGUUACGCUAAAAGAAUACACUUUACAAGAAAAACAAUAAAGCGUUUGGAUGUGUACUAUAAUCGACCUUAAAAUGAGUUAUCAACCCUGAUUCUACGAUUAAAUAUAACGACGUAAAGGUUUAAUAUUAGUCUUAUGGGGGAAACCUUAAGUUCAUUUCAAUACAGAGGACUAAAGUGCUGUACACUCUGAUUUUGUAAGAUUAUACAGCCAUUAUUUUAAGGCUAAGUGAGGAAACUUAUAGUGUUUUCAUGUGCUUUUUAAUCGUAUUCAUUUGUAAUGAACUCAGGAUCCUCGGAUCUACAGCUUAAAAUACACACCAAGUAGUUUAAUGGGUAAUAAUGAAUCUAAGCACAUGCCUUUAACAAUUUAAUAAACAACUGCUGGGCACCCAGCUAUAUAACAGUUUUUGUGUGUAAAACUUUAGAUUGUAUAACUGUGACUGCAAUGCAGUUGUUUUUAUAUUAACUAGGGUGAAUACAAUAUUUAAUUAGUUUGACCGCAAUUGUCAGUAAAACCGUUUUUGAAAUGUUAGUUAACUGCAGUUUCGUUAAAUGUGUCACUUUUAAAAUUUUGGAUAAGUCGCAAGUUGUACUCAGCUACGAAAACAGUUUGUUAAACGUUGCCAUAAAUCGGAGAAUGUUUGGAGUAUAUUGGAUUGUAUGUUCAAUCGACGUCCUACCAUAUAGAUGUCUCUUCCUCUAGUGCUUCCUAUGUUCUGUUCGAGAAACAUUAUUUCGAAUGGAGGUUAAAGUAAAACAUUGUUUGUAACAGAACAUUACUUGGAACAACGUGUUUGUUCUUUUGACAUGCUUUAUCUUGUUUAUCACCAAAUUUUGGAAACAAUGUGUAACAACGUGAAAUAUAAAAAAUAACCAGGGAUUUUUAGAAACAUUAAGUAAAGUUUAAAAGAGUAUGCAAGUUUCAGAAUACAUAUACUUUAAGUUUCAUUAAUCUACUUUAUUUUCAUAAUUUGUGUUAAUUGUCUAAAUAUUGCAUAAUGUAUAUAAUAAUUAAGACACAUAAUUUCCGUUUAAAAUGCUUGUUUGGGACACAGGCUAGUGAGCUUUUCACAUACUAAAAAACACCAGUCUAGUCAUUAUUCACUCUCAAUUCUAGCGGACCAACUGUAGUAUAGCUCUGAUAAUUAUAACUACAGAUUGUGUCAUUCAGUAGCAAGUGAUAUAUGUAGACGAUUUUUAUAUACACUCGUACUAUAUGUUUGUCAGCAGGAAGGGUUUUAAACAAAUAGAAUUUACCUGUUUCACGGGUGGGCGCUUGUCGAGUGGAAAUAAAAUUCCUCCAGAAAUAUGUCCAUCACUUCUACUUAUUUAGCUUUAAGAUUUAACAUUGUAUCAUGUUUUUUCUGCCUUUUACGAUUUUAAUAUGAAUUCUUUUAGUCCUUAUAAACUUUAUGUACAUAAUUUACCCUUUAAAACAGUUUUUAGACAUGUAUAUGUUCUAUGAUGCUCGUGUAAACCAAAUAGUACUAAACUAUGGGAGUGCCGAUUGCCGAGAGGUCUAAGAAGUCGGACUUUGGAUCUGAGUUAGGUAAAGCGUAGGUUAAAAUCAUAUCUGAGACCGUAGCACUUUUUAUCGGUACCAUCGAUCUUGUACUGUAUCGACUUUCCCCUUUAUUCUGUUAGAUAAUAUCCUUGCACAAGCCAGUGGUCCAUGUGGACGGACAAAAUAAGGCUUGACAUGAGAUCGGCCUCUCCUUAAAAUAAAUAAUAAGAGCAUAAAUCGUUUCGUUUUAUUUUGCUUUAAUAUAUUGUUCUUAUAUGACAAAUAUUUUUAGUAGUUCUGCAUGAAAUGAAACCGAAAUGUUCUCAGUGUUACGUUUGGUUCGAUAGACCAAAACAAUAAAUUACGAAUCCCGUCUUUUAAUGUUUUACUUAAAAUGUAAGUCCAGACAGAUUCUGAUCGAAGUUUAUAAUAUUGUAAUUCGCUCACUUGUGAGGGACAACGCUCGGAAAUUGGGAGAAAGUCAGUCGAAGGUAAAAACGUGUAACCUGUUUAUAUUAAUUCAUUUUGAAGUUUAAAUUGAAGUAAUAGUGACUAUUCUAUAAAUGUUAAUCAAGGCAAACUUUAUUCAAAAAUUGUUUAAACCUGUAAGUUUUGAGAGUGAUUAAUUAUAAAUGAAAAAUGUGGUUGGAAUAUGAUUAAUGAUGAAAGUGUGUCCGAGUUAAUCUCCUUCAUUGAAAACCAAGUUACUGCACUUGACGCCAAACAACUUGUUAACUGUUACGGGUGAGCUGAGACUUGUGUUACCGAACAAGUCUCUUGUACAUAACGAAUAUUGUUGAAUUGUUCUUCGCUAUAAUGUUUAAUUUUAAUAUAUAAUAGAACCAUUAUUUAUAUAGUGUUGCAAAUUCAGAGCUUUAUAACUGUAAUGGGAGUGAAGUUAACAGAUGGCUGUAAAAGACUUUUGUAAUUCAUUAAUAUGAUAAAUAAAUCAAAUAUCUUACUAAA